UUUAAAAGUUGAAACUGACAGACAAAACGAGUCCGAAGUCUAAACGUCUCCAAUUCCUUUUCCAUUGUUUCCUUGCAGAUUCUUCUUAUACGCCGUCGUUUCCUAGAAAUUGCAUAAUCUUAAUUAAAUGACUAUAUGUACCAUAUCUUUUGGCAGCAGAAUAACAGCACACUUUGUAUAAAAAAACAAAACAGCGUAGUAUUUUAUUCAAACUUUUUGGGGCUCUUCAAUUCCGAUUUCUCACCUUCUUUUAGGUAUUUCAAAGAAAAUGGGGCAGGCUCUUGGGUGUAUUCAAGUGGAGCAGUCAACUGUAGCUAUAACAGAAGCAUUUGGGAAGUUUGAUGAUGUGCUUCAGCCUGGUUGUCAUUGUUUGCCGUGGUGUUUCGGGAAACAGGCAGCUGGUACUCUCUCCUUGCGUGUGCAGCAACUGGAUGUUCGAUGUGAAACAAAAACCAAGGAUAACGUGUUUGUUAACGUGGUUGCUUCAAUUCAAUACCGAGCCUUAGCUGAAAAGGCACAAGAUGCUUUCUAUAAACUCAGCAACACUAGAGCCCAGAUUCAAUCCUAUGUCUUUGAUGUUAUUAGGGCAAGUGUUCCGAAGUUGGAGCUGGAUGCAGUAUUUGAACAGAAGAAUGAUAUAGCGAGAGCUGUGGAAGAGGAACUUGAAAAGGCCAUGUCACAUUAUGGGUACGAGAUUGUUCAGACUCUUAUUGUGGAUAUUGAACCAGAUGAGCAUGUGAAGAGGGCAAUGAAUGAGAUUAAUGCAGCGGCAAGAAUGAGGGUGGCUGCCAAUGAGAAAGCUGAAGCAGAGAAGAUAUUGCAGAUCAAGAGAGCAGAAGGAGAUGCCGAGUCAAAGUAUCUGGCUGGGCUUGGUGUAGCUCGGCAGCGACAGGCUAUUGUAGAUGGACUUAGAGACAGUGUGCUGGCCUUCUCUGAGAAUGUACCUGGUACAUCAUCAAAGGAUGUCAUGGACAUGGUUCUUGUGACACAGUACUUUGACACAAUGAAGGAGAUCGGUGCAUCGUCAAAAUCCAACUCUGUUUUCAUCCCACAUGGGCCAGGUGCUGUAAGAGACAUUGCUUCUCAAAUCAGGGAUGGUCUUCUUCAAGCAAGCCAAAACAACUGAGUACCCUCAAGUGUUGCGUUGUAGAUUGGGCAACCCAGCAUAGUAUUGUUUAGUCAUUCUACUCGAGAACAAUGGCCUUCUUGAUAUGCAUUUGAGUGAUAAUCCGAGUUUGGCAAAACGGUUGUUAUACGUCUUAAUAGCUCAAGGUUUUAAGGUUCAGAUUUCCUUUAUAAAUUAGGUUAUUAUAUAUUGUUUGUGAAAAAAUAAUGAUAGUAUUAGCACUUUAUUAUUGUACCUAAAGAAAAUGUGACCCGGUUUAUGAAUUUGUAUAAAAUGUUUUUAUGGCUUUGUACCUAAA